GGAGAGCUGACGUCAGCGGGAGAGUAUUAUGGUCUGUCGUGCGCUGGCUGCUGCUUUUCUGCUCCUGGAAGCAGCCAAGGGGGGAAGCGGCGAGUCAACAUGGAGCUUUCAGCGGUUGGGGAGCGGGUGUUCGCGGCCGAAGCCCUACUGAAACGGCGCAUACGGAAAGGACGCAUGGAAUACCUCGUGAAAUGGAAGGGCUGGUCGCAGAAGUACAGCACAUGGGAGCCGGAAGAAAACAUCCUGGAUGCUCGCCUGCUCGCAGCCUUUGAGGAAAGGGAACGAGAGAUGGAGCUCUAUGGCCCCAAAAAGCGAGGACCCAAACCCAAAACCUUCCUCCUCAAGGAGGGAAUCCCCAGACAGGCCGUGGACCAGGCCCAGGCCAAGGCAAAGGCCAAAACUUACGAGUUCCGAAGCGACUCUGCGCGGGGCCUCCGGAUCCCUUACCCUGGCCGCUCACCCCAGGACCUGGCUUCUACUUCCCGUGCCCGGGAGGGCCUUCGGAACAUGGGCCUGUCCCCGCCCGGGAGCAGCAGCAGCACCAGCAGUACCUGCCGCGUGGAGCCCCCUCGGGACCGUGACAGGGACCACAGGGACCGGGAUCGAGAGAGGGAGAGGGAACGUGAGAGGGAUCGUGAGCGUGAUCGGGGCGCCAGCCGCGUGGAUGACAAGCCCAGCUCGCCAGGGGACAGCUCCAAGAAGAGAGGCCCCAAGCCCCGGAAGGAGCUGCUGGACCCCGCGCAGAGGCCCUUGGGAGAAGCCAGCGAUGGCCUGGGAGAUUACCUCAAGAACAGGAAGCUGGAGGAUGCCUCCUCCGGGGCAGGAAAGUUCCCUGCCGGCCACAGCGUGAUCCAGCUGGCCCGGAGGCAGGACUCCGACCUGGCCCAGUGCGGGGUGGCCAGCCCCGGCCCUGCCGAGGCCACAGGCAAACUGGCCAUGGACACCUUUCCCGCCAGGGUCAUAAAGCACAGGGCCGCUUUCCUGGAGGCCAAAGGCCAGAGUGCCCUGGACCCUGGUGGCCCCCGGGUCCGGCAUGCCUCAGGCACCCCCGGCUCUGUGGGAGGCUUGUAUCGGGACAUGGGGGCUCAGGGGGGCAGGCCCUCUCUCAUCGCCAGGAUCCCAGUGGCCAGAAUUCUGGGGGACCCCGAGGAAGAGUCCUGGAGUCCUUCUCUGACCAACCUGGAGAAGGUGGUUGUCACCGACGUGACCUCAAACUUUUUGACCGUCACCAUUAAGGAAAGUAACACGGACCAAGGCUUUUUUAAAGAGAAAAGAUGAAUUGCUGGGUGGGUGAUCCCAGGAUAAGAGAGCAGGAGAGAGUGAGAGCGUAAACUUGGCAUAAAUGAUGCUUUUUAUUUCUGGGUGGGAGGCGGCCUUCGGGCUCCCCCCCCCCAACUUCACACAGCCCACCCCUUCAUUCCUCCUUCCUCCCUGUCAGUCUUGGUUGGAAGAUUAUUUCUAGAGUUAUAUUUUCUAUUAGAUGUAAAUAUGUUAUUUAAGAAAAAAUAUCUAAAUAUAUAUAUUUCAACUCUCGAAGUUGUUUUAUUUAACAAGGAGAGAGGCAGACUCAGUGUGGGUUAGCUGGGGCAGACAGGCUGCCAUGGGGCAGGAGGGGCCCCUCAGCUCCCCAGGGGACUAGGGAGGCUGGGGACCUGGGUACUGGGCCUCUGGUGGUGUCUGGAGGGACUCAGCUGGCCCUCCCCUCCUCCCUUUUCCCACAGCCCCAUGGCAGACCCCUCCAACCAAGGCAGGGCCCAGGUUUGUUCUCUCUCCCCAUUGGCCAGCCAGGCCAGCAAAAGAUUGGCUCCCCAAUCAGAAAAUAGGGGGUGGGGUCAGUCUGU